CCUGCUGGCCCCGUGCUGCGGUGUGAGGCCGGCUGGGGUUAGGGUGGAGGACGGCGCUGGAGUGGCUCUCCCGAAAACCCAAUUACAGCAAACUGGGAGGUUCCCGCAGGUCACCUGGGAGCUGCUUCCUCCCGUUCGCAGCCCUCGGGAGGAACUUUAAAUCGCCGCCGGCUCCGCACGGGCACCAGUGACUGCGGCAGCAUGAGAGCGAUGGGAGUCCUGGUGCUGGCGCUCCUGGCGCUGGGCGCAGGGCUGCAGGCAGCACCCACCGCAGGGCGCCCUGGAGCAGCCCCAGACCCACAGCUGCAGCCGGAAUGUCCUGGACUUGCUCUGGUCGGGAAGAGCCUCUUGCCUGUGGAACAGCCCAGCGCGGUGCCCGCUCCGGUGCCCGGGAAUGCCGCCUGCGAUGGGACAUGGGAGUGUGCAGAGUGGGUGUGUAAGGACCAGCUCCUGCCCGUGGCUGCUGCAACACCUGCACCGGGGAAGAAGCCGGAGCCCGGGCGAGGGCCUGCAGCAGGGAACAAGCCUGCAUUGAGUGGGAACAAGCCCGUGUUGGGUGGGAACAAGCCCACACUGGAUGGGAACAAGCCUGCACUGGAUGGGAACAAGCCCACACUGGCAGGGAACAAGCCCGCGUUGGGUGGGAACAAGCCUGCACUGGAUGGGAACAAGCCCGUGUUGGGUGGGAACAAGCCUGCACUGGCUGGGAAGCCGGACACAGGGAAGAAACCGAGUUCAGGGAAGAAGCCAACAUGUGGGGGGAAGACUGAGACUGAGGAAAAGCCAACGGCUGUAGCAAAGCCAGGGGCUGGAGAGAAGCCGGACACUGGGGAUAAACCUGUGCUGGGGGAGAAGCCGGAGACUGGUGGGAAGCCAGAGGCUGGGGAGAAGCCAGAAGCUGGGGAGAAGCCGGAGGCUGGGGAGAAGCCAGAGAGCGAGGGGAAGCCUGAGGCAGGAGAGAAACCUGAGUCUGACCAGAGUGACAGUGGGGACGAUGAUGACGAUGAUGAUGAUGAUGAUGAUGGUGAUGAUGAUGACGAUAAGGGUAAAAAUGAGCAUGGUGAUGGUGAUGAUAAUGGUGAUGAUGAUGAUGGCAACGACGAUGGUGACAGCAAUAGUGAUGACGAUGGAGAUGAUGAUGGCAAUGACGAUGGAGAUGAUGGCAAUGAUGAUGGCAACAGCAAUGGUGAUGACAAUGAUGGCAACAGUGAUGACGAUGACAAUGACGAUGACAACAGUGAUGACAAUGGUGAUAAUGAUGAUGGUGGUGAUGAUGAAGACUAUGGAGAUGAUGAUGGCGAUGAAGAUGAUGACAGUGAUAAUGAUGGUGGUGGUUAUGACGAUGGCACUUGGUGAUCGAUGCCACCAGGUGUGUGAGGAAGCAAGCAGAGCCUGUGGUGGCUCAGGGGUGGCUACCCUGGGGCUCCUCCUCUGCCUCACUCUGCCAGGGCCGGCCCCGAGCACCAGCUGUGUUUGGUCAGGUCCUUCUCUUUCCUAAUAAACCCCACACUGAGCCACCUGCUUGGCAUGAUGAACUA